AUGAGCCAAUUGGCAAGUUAUCUCAAUCAGCCUUAUCAAACCCUUCCCCUAAAAUAUCUCCCCGAUCAAGGAGCCGUCUCAUCUACGCGGAGCGACAAUGAGUUUCUCGACUCGUACACUCUUGCCCAUGUGGAACGGCCAGACCCCCGUGUGUAUCAUGAUGUGUCUGACUUCCGAUCUGCCGGUGAAGACAAACAAGCGGAGCUCGUCUUCCUUACCGGAUAUCCUUCCCCGCAGUGGCUGAAUGCGGUGGUGACGCGCUACGGAAUCGAUCAUCGAUUCCUACACAGGCAUCUCGACUUCUUACCGACCGGGCAAAGAGACUGGUACGCUGUCCCCAGUAUACCCUCCCGAUCCCAGAAGUUUAUCCAGCACGUGAUGCCAUGUAUCGUGUUCGCCGGGCAUGAGGGUCGGUUCGUUUCGGCGGAUGAUCUACAGCAGGCUCGCUUCGCAUGUGCGGAGCUGCUGCGACAACGGUCCAAGAGCUACUUCGAACGCACAGGGACUCCCGUGGGUCAGAUGAUUGUGUGCGGGGUCAACAUUCAUAGUGGCGAGGCGAUGGUGCUGGAGCAUGCCAUUAUCGUUUCCAGUGACUACGGACACACUCUUGAGUGGAGUACCGUGCAGCAGGUCCCUUUUCUCGCGCUCAAAGAGCUGUUCAUCUUCCAUUCCGCCGCGGCAAUGCAGUACCUGAACAUGCUGCGCAAGGACAUCAUGCAAGCCACGCAUCGCACCCAGAUCAAAGACGUGGCGUCGUUGAACAUGGAAGAUAUCUCGAACUUUGAAUACACGAAGACUGUCCUGGUCCGAUGGGCUGCGCACUUCCGCGCACUAGGCCAGGCGCUGGACCUCGACUGUUCCGAAAGCCCCCUCGGAGCUCCACGAACCCAUCAGAUAUUCCCUUUACGGGGAAGAAUGUUGACCCUCAAACGGCGUGACCUGAACUUCCUCGUCGCAGAGGCUCGGGUAUUGAUUGAGCUGUGUGACAGCGGAAAGGCGACGAUCAUGGGCAACUUCCUCUAUCGCGGAAUCCAAGCACGCGGCGGAGGAAUCGCGGCUGGUCGGGGAGCUGACGAAGCUGACCAACCGGCUGACCUUCAUCUUUCUUCCGAUUUCCUUUGUGACCUCGGUGUUCGGGUUGAGCUUCAAGCAGUUUGGACAAGGGCCCCUGGAUAUCUGGAUCUGAGUGGCCGUCACGGUGCUCUUGCUGGCGGUGUGUGCGAUUCUCGUUGA